GAACUUUAUAACUUUCGCCAGUAAGGGAUGAAUUCUGAAUUCUUGAUGGUACAGACUUGAAUCGAGGCCUCAAAUGGUAUAAUUAUGCUUCGACAAUUGGCCAGAAAGUCGCUGCUGUGCACUUCAUUCGUUCGGGCUUUGGGCUCUCCAGCUCCUGCCACUAAUGUGAGCGUCGAUAAGGAGGCUUUGAUGAAACUUAGAAAACGUACCGGGUAUAGUUACGUGAAUUGCCGUAAAGCUCUGGUCCAGUUCGGCUCUGAUAAUCUGGCUGAAGCAGAGAAAUGGUUGAGAGAACGAGCGAAGACGGAAGGAUGGGCAAAAGCGGCUAAACUUAGCGGUCGGGCGACCACUCAAGGACUAAUAGCAGUAAAAUCCGCCGAGUCGGUUGCUGUUACUGUUGAAAUGAGCUGUGAGACAGACUUUGUUGCACGUGGAGAUAACUUCAAAGCUUUGUUAGAGACGGUGACUAAUUCAGCGUUGGACUAUGCUCAGAAGAAUGCCCCAGAGCCUGUGCCAGAAAAAAUAGUCUCAGCUAAUUUAGACAUCGCUUCUCUUUCUGAUUCCAAUGGAAAAUCGCUUAAUGAAGUGCUGGCUAUGACGGUUGGUAAACUUGGUGAAAAUAUCACUGUACGGUCGAUCACGGCACUGUAUGCUCCACAAGGCACCUCAUUGUUUUCGGCCGCACAUCCGCGAGAAGGAGUGCCAUCUGUUAGCAUGGGUAAAUUUGUGUCCGUGAUAGCUCUCCGACGAGAUGAGGCACCAGGUCUCUUUCCCACUGAUAGGUUAGCCGCUCAAAUUUGUCAGCAUGUUAUUGGAAUGCGAUCAGAGACGUUGGGUGAACCACCAAAAACCACCAAAGUAGACGGUCAAGACAAACAUAAGAAAGGAAGCAAGGAUGAAUUGAAUGACUUCGUUGAUGUCAAGACCACUCAGAUUGACGAAGACGAGACAGCGCUUUUGCGUCAAGCAUUUAUGUUGAACCCAUCACAGACUGUCUAUGAGUACCUCAAAGGACACCAAGCAGAGGUAGUAGACUUCGUUCGGAGCGAGUUGGGCGCUGCAGAGUGAAAAGUUUCCUGAACUUUUGUUUUUGCCAUGCCUGGUGCAUAGUCACGUCAUUCACAGCUAUUAGAGCGUAUAAAUGCCCAGCACAAAUAGGUCUGCUAUUUAAAGAUAGUCAUAGGUAGUAGUAAAUUUCUUUUGUCACAGAUGUGUAUUCUGAUAUUUUCAUCUAGGAUAUGCAGAUGCCACAGUGAGUAGAGCUAUACUUUUUCUAUUGUUGUUUUGUUGAUCAUCGUUGUUUCGUGCUAGGAUUGAUAAAUUACUAAAAGGCUUU